AUGGCGUAUCUGUAUCCCAAUUCCACCCAGCUCUACUUUGAGUCAGACAUCCCCGAAGCCGAACGGCGCGAGAUCCGUCAGGCCGUGGAGGACAGUCCUGGCUGUAGCGUUGUCGGUCAAUGGGCCAUUGGUAUCUCUUCGAAGAUGCCAGAGAGAGCCGUUGCGACCGAAAUCGAUUGCUACAAGGGCUGGCAUCAGGGAAACAACCCACAUGCCACUUUCAGGCUCGACUGGGUUGAUGCUCACAGGAAUCAUGUGGCCACAUGUGCUAAGGCGCAUCUUCACAAGAACGGGCUGGAAUCCGUCCAGGAGUUCAGCACGGGGGUGUUGUGGGUUCGGCUUCCAGGACGUGAGUUCUGGCGUAGGACUAACCCCACCCAUGCCCGUGGCGAUCCACCGAAGAGCGUGCUGGAGCUACGAGAAGCUCCCCCUGCCGUUCCCGCUGCUCCGUCAACUCCCAACCCCUUCCUCUUCCAGCCGUCCUUCAUCCUUUCAGGACCACCACCACCAGCACCAUCAGGGGCUAUACUGAGUGCACUUCAUCCCCUUGCACCUCCAUAUUUGCCUCGUCAUCCUCAUCCUCCUCCUCCUCCUCCUCCUCCGCCACCAUUCAGUUAUCCAGGGCCACUACACCCACCACCACCAGGGACUCAAGUCCCUCUACCGCGUCCUCUUGCCCCCCCUCCCGGCCUCCCUGAUCAUCAUUCUCCGCCGCCCUCUAAUUACUUGGGGACACCACCACCGCCACCACCUCCGGGAACUCAAGUACCCUUUUCUGGAUCUCCUCCCCCGCCUCCUCAGCUUCUCGUCACUCCCGCUGCUACUCAACCACCAUGGAGGGUGGACAGAACUCCUCCAAAGAGGUAUAAGGAUCUUGACGAGGCGGACGACGACGAGACACCAGAGUUGGACUAUUGAAUCGUUUUGUGUCUGUGCUUUGUUUGAUGCUUGAUAUUUUGGUCCUUUUUUUAUUGUGGGAUAUAACAUCCAUCAAGCACUCAAAGAGUGGCGUGACCCUCCGCGAGCUUAAUAAACUGUCCAAUCAUCUGGAUUUCUUGUGUUUGUCCUUGCGUUGUCAGCGUUUUGAAAAUCAACGAGUAAUCCCCAUUAUCAUGGCAAUGAUUAAUGACUACGUGCUU